AUGCUGUCUCUGCAACUUGUGUUUCUAGCUGUUCUUUCAGGAGGUGAUUAUGUAGAAGCUCUCCAGGAACAUGCCUUGUUCCAUGUCAUCCAGAUCUCAUCCUUUGUCAACCAGUCCUGGGCACAAAAUCAGGGCUCAGGUUGGCUGAAUGAAUUGCAGACUCAUGGCUGGGAGAGCAAAACAGGCAGGAUAAUUUACCUGUACACUUGGUCUAAGGGCCACUUCAGCGACGAGGAGCUGAUGACCCUGGAACAGCUAUUCCAUUUCUACUUGUCUGGAUUAACUCGGGAUAUUCAAGAGUAUGCGAGGCAAUUGCAGUUCAUGUAUCCUUUUGUAAUACAGGUGACAGCUGGCUGUGAGUUGGAUUCUAGGGACACCACCAAAGAUUUCUUCUGGGUAGCUUAUCAAGGAUCAGAUUUCCUGAGUUUGCAAAACAUGUCAUGGGUCCCUGCUCCAGAAGGUGGGAGUAGGGCUGAGAGAGUAUGCAGUGUAAUCAAUCACUAUGAUGGAUUCAAGGAAACAGUGGACAAGCUCGUCAGAGACAUCUGCCCUCGCUUUGCUUUGGGUCUCCUCGAUGCAGCGAAGCUGUAUCUCCAGAGACAAGUGAGGCCAGUGGUCUGGCUGUCCAGUAGCCCCAUCCUUGGGUCUGCCCAACAGUUGCUGAUUUGUCAUGUCUCUGGCUUCUACCCAAAGCCUAUUUGGGUGAUGUGGAUGCGGGGAGAUCAGGAGUUGCCAGGCACUCAGCGAGAUGUCCUGCCCAACGCUGAUGGGACGUGGUAUCUUCGGGUGAUCCUGAAUGUGGAUGCUGAGGAGGCAGUAGGCCUUUCUUGCCAAGUGAGGCACAGCAGUCUAGGAGGCCAGAAGAUCAUCCUCUAUUGGGGACAUCACCCUUCCAUGAACUUGACCCUGUUGAUACUGAUCAUACCUUUAAUGCUUCCAGUAGUCCUUGCAUUAUGGCUUAAGAAGCGCUGGUGA